AUUCCACCCAUUCCACCACGGCAGCCAUGUCUUCCAAAGAGCUGAAUGCCUUCCUCACUUGGGCCGAAGAGAACGAGAUCCUCUGGGAUAAGAGCGCUAUCGAAAUUAAGGAGGGCAAAUAUGGCCUUGGUGUCUACGCUAAGAAGCGCCUGGAAGCUGGAUAUGAAGUCGUCCAGGUCCCAAAGGCAAUCGUUCUGUCUGUGGAAACCACGGGCAUUGCCAACUUGCUCGCUGACGAUGAGGUCGAGGGUUACAUCGGACUGACCCUUGGGUGUAUGUACGAGAUGUCUCGCGGACCCCAGUCACCCUGGUCUGCUUACCUCGCUCUUCUGGAGAAGCGCCCUCCUCAUAUGGCGACCUCUUUGUCCAAGGACGCUCGGGAGAUGAUGAAGUACUGUGAGGCGUACAAUGACAUUGAGUCCGACAUUAAAGAUAUGGAAGAUGAUUACAAGUCAAUCGUGGGCCCGUUCAUUGACAAGCAUCCCGAGGUCUUUACAGAGGAGAUCAAGAAUAAGUUCUUCAGCUUUGAGGCUUUCAAGGUUAUGACAGGACAUGUCUCUUCCCGUUCAAUGGACGUUGAUAACUUUCACGUCACUGCCCUUGUACCUUUUGCAGACUUUGUCAACCAUAGUCCAACACCUAACUCGGACUACUUGACUCAUGAAGAUGUUUGCGAGAUCUGUGGCGCAUUGGUCUGUGAGCACCGCGAGGCAGACGAGGAUGAAGACGAGGAUAUCGAAUCUGAUAGCGACCAGGCACCAGAGUUGGCAGAUGGCGAUGAAGAAAAUGAUGACGAUGAUGACGAGUUGCCUCAGCUCACCGGUGAGGAUGCAUCUUACAAAAAGGACGCCACGGGGACUGACAACGAAGAUGAAGAGCGAGAGGGCGAGGAGUGGGAGGACGACGAUACUGAGGACGGUGCAGAGGAGCAGGAGAUCAAUGACACCUGCGAUAUCAUCCUAGAUUGCGAUAUCAAGAAAGGCGAAGAGAUCACGCGCCACUACGGCCCUUAUCCCAACAAGGUCAUCCUGAGCAAGUAUGGUUUUGCAGUGGAAGAUAACCCGCACGAUACGGUCACUAUUCAACUGGAGAUGGUCCGUCAGGCAGCUGAGCAAUUUAUCAACGACAAGGAAUUGGUGGGGGAAAGGAUUCAGUGGUUCUUGGAAUCAGAGGAUGCGUUCAUUGGCGCAGAGGAUGAAGAUGACCAUGAACACGAACACGAAAGUGGAUGCUGCGGCGGCGGCGAUCAUGAUCAUGACGAGGAUACGGAGAAGCAUGAAUAUGAAGCAGAUGGCGAAUGCUGCGACGACAAAGGCACCAAGGCGCUGCAGAAGGCGAGCUCCAAAGAUGCGACCAGGGGCGACGACGACAAAAACACCAAAGAAGAUAAGGAUGGGGAGCAAGAGGAGGAGGAGGAGGAGGAAGAGGAAGAUGACGAAGAGGACGAUUUCCCUAGAGAUAUCAUGUACAUGAUGCACGAUGGAUCAGUGGACGACCGACUUCUGCUGCUCCUGAACGUCCUGUUCAUGGAGAAGGACCAGUUCCAAGAGGUCAAGGAGGAUAUGGACGUGGCGAUGGAGUACUUUAACGAGAUUUUCACGCGUCGUCAGCAGGAGGAACAAGGCGACGAAGACGAAGAUAUGGAUGGGGAUGAAGAUGAGGCCGAGGAGGAGAAGGAAAAGAUCAGCAAGUAUGAACUGAAGCCCCGCGACGCAAAGAGUAAGAAAGUCCGUAUGGCAGUUCUGCAGGCCACUCUGGCGCUGGUCCGUAUUCGUGCGGAUGCCUUUGGAGUCACAGACAAGACGACUGCUGAGCAGGACUUGGCGUCGCUGAAGAAGGCCAAGCUGUCAGGUCCACUCUACUACGGGGGUCUCUGCGUUCAGGGCGAAAAGCAGAUUCUUCAGAAUGCUCUUCAGGGCUACACCCAGUUUCUCUCCGAGCUUUAACAAUCCGUUGUUUCCUCUUUACAUAAAGGGUACGCCCUCAAGACAUAAUAAACGAAUGUUGC